GAAAUGAUAAGCUCUUGCAACGCAAUGGCAGAUAUUUAUAUAGAGUAGAUUGUAAAAUGAACUAGAAGCCUAAACACCCACACAAGGCACCGAUUCUGGACCACAGCCAGUAAAAGCCGGCGAUAGGGUUUACAGCUAUCUGAAAAUGGGCGGCGCCACCAACAAAUUAUUCUCUCUCCUCUCAUCCUCCACCACGUCCACCGCCGCUGUCGCCGCCGCCGCCGCCCCUUUCCCUCUCCUUCUCCACCGCCGCCGCCGCUUCUGCACCUCCAUCCUCCUCCUCCGCAGCCGCCACAAACCCUUUCUCCUCUCCCGUGGGCCGCACUUCCUCACACUCUCAGUCUCUCCCUCCUCUCCCACUCCCACUCCCACUCCCAACGCCCCUCGCCAUUUCCACUCUGCUCUCCACGACCACCAUUUCUCUUCCGCCUCGCCGUCGCCGGUUCUCUGCCCUGAGUGGUCGGACCUCCUCCACGCCCUCUCCGCCGCCGGCUACUUCGAUCGAAACUCCGGGUUUCGCCUUUCCGAUGAGCUCUCCAGCUCUCUCCAUUUGCCUGACGACUUCGCGCGUGCUGCCUCCGCCUGCUUGGAGUUCGCGCGCGACCGUGCCGCUCUCGUGAGAUUGCUUUCAAGGAGAGAUGUGGAAGUGCUGAUUCGAAAUGGGACUCCGUUUCUUUUCAGAGAUGCCGAUGAUUCCGCCGCAAAGCUGAGGGCUUUUCUUUUCAAUGGCGAAUCCAAUGAGUUGGAUAUUGAUAAAGUGAGCACGGUUGAUUUGAUGAGAUUCAUAUUGAGUUAUGCUAGCAACCUCGUCUUUCCUUCGGAAAGUAAUAGUCUCUACAAUAGAGAACUUGUCGAAUCAUCUGUCAGGAAUCUGUUGCAUGAAUUGGCCAAGCUGUGUUAUGUUGUUCCCGAUCCGAAUUCCUUUGGUUCAAUGCAAAAUCAGUUAGUUGAUGGAAAUAAAGAACCCGUGAGACCUUUUGGGCAAAAAAUUGAAAUGAAAAGAGGCGACUGGAUUUGCGCACGGUGUAGUUUCAUGAACUUCGCUAGAAACCUAAAAUGUCUCGAAUGUGAGGAGGCACGACCAAAGAGGCAACUAACUGGUGGAGAAUGGGAGUGUCCCCAAUGUGAUUUCUUCAACUAUGCGAGAAACACGGUAUGCUUGAGGUGUGAUUGCAAGCGCCCUGGAGAGGUCUCAGUUAGUCCCUCCAAUACUGGAUUUGGUGGGGGGUAUCAAAAUGGUAGCAAUUCAGACAAGGCUGAUAUUGACAGCCGACUGGCUGCCAAUGAAGAGAAGGCACAGAGGUGGUUUAGUAAGAUAUCUCAGCUCGACAGUACAUCUGACAUUAGUAGCAUAGCAGAUGAUGAUUUCCCUGAAAUAAUGCCAUUGAGGAAAGGUGUUAAUAGAUUUGUUGUGAGCACAAGGAAAACUCCGUUAGAGAGGAGGAUGGCUAACUCCCAAUACCAAACCAACUUGGAUGGUCAGCGGUUUGGACAGUCCAAAGGGAGAAAUUCAAAUUAUGUCCCAUAUGUGCCAUUACCUCCUGAUAUGUUUGCAAAGAAACCAGAGAAUUCGGAGGCAGAGAAUGGAGGGAAGGCGCUUGCAGGCCGUCAUGAAUCGGUUGCAUCAAAUAGUAAUACAAGAGAGUGGGCAGACAGUGCUGCUGGAAGCCAUAAAUCAGAAGAGAUUGUGAAGAAGCAAUUGAACCAGGCUGAAAGCAAUAAAGAGAAAGAACAAAAUGAAAAAUCUGAAAGAUGGUUUGAGAAGGUUGCGGAACUGCAUAAUGUUACUGAUCUAGCUAGUGAAAUUUCGGAUGAAGAUUUCCCGGAAAUUAUGCCAAUGCGUAAAGGAGAGAAUCGAUUUGUUGUCAGCAAGAAGAAAGAUCGUUCGUUGACUUCUCCGGCUUACAAGAGACAAAUGGCUAUGGAGCAAGCGAGCAAUACCAAAUUCGUGCCCUUUGUUCCCUUCCCACCAGAUUACUUUGCAAAAAAGGACAAACCACAAGCGGAUGGCACCGAGCUGGUUAAUAAGGAUGCUGCUGAAACAACUCCAAGUUCUAAAACGACAGAAAAGCUUCCGGAAGGGUCGGACAGUGCUAGACCACGGAUGCUCAAUGAGAAUUAUGUUCAGCGAACAGAAGAUCGUGUAAGCUUGGACAGCUGGAAUUCAGUGCCUUCCGGCAAUAACUUAAGCGAGAAUGAAACUCAUGCCACUUAUGCACCACCAGCCAGCGGAAAAUUUACCCAGAAUUGUGCUAAAUCCUAUAGCAGCACUGAUGACAACUUGGGCGGUGGAGAAGCUCAAAAUAGUACACUAGAUUUGGCUGGAAGUUCACUUAAACAAUCCGAGAACCAGAACACUAGAGAGGGCUGGACUGGAAAGAGCUUGGAGGGGUCAGCAGUGAAAGAACCGGAUCCUUUAGACAUGUCAGAGGAGGCCAAGGCGGAGAGAUGGUUCCGACGAGUUGCCCAGAUCAAGGACAUCUCGGAACUCAGUCAAAUUCCUGACGAAGACUUCCCGUCGAUUAUGCCGAUGCGGAAAGGGGUGAACAGGUUUGUUGUGAGCAAGAGGAAAACACCUCUAGAGAGGAGGCUGACAUCUCCCCAGUACAGAAGAAAUCUCCCCAUUGUGAGCUCUGAUCCAGUUAAAAAGGACAAUGAUCGUAGCUAAAGUAUGGAGAUUUUUCCUGUUCUAAAAAUUUUUGACUCGUGAUGUUGAUCAUUUUUAUUCUUCAUAAUAGUCCUAGAGAAGGACGAACUGUUUAGUGUUAAAACUAUAUAUGUGUUGUAAUGUGUAUAAAGAUUUUAGCAUUUGAGCCAAGUAAAAUAAAUUAAUUAAGAUGAUUA